CCGCCAACAUCAGCUCCAAGAGACGGUCGGCCAACUUCACCGCAGACGUGCUCCGGUUGAGGCCCAGCUUCCGAGACAGCAGUUCACCACGUAUUUCACCAUGCUGUGUGGCCAGUGUGAAGUUGCUAAAACUGCUGAUGAUGAGCCCAUUUCCCCAUCAACUGUGGUGCUGCCGGAGCGUCCCGGCGGCCACGUGCCCCUGCACGACCUCAGCCACGCCUCCAUCACUAUGGACAUGCUGCACCGGCUGUGGCAGGACGAGCUGCUCUGUGACGUCACCGUGCGCGUGCAGGAGCGACGGUGGCGCGCUCACCGCGCACUGCUGGCCGCCAGCUCGCCGUACUUUAGAACCAUGUUCACAAGUGACUACAUAGAGAAGGAAGAAGCAGAGAUACAGCUAAACGGAUUUGAAAGUGAUGUAUUUGACUCCGUUCUCAAAUACAUGUACACAGGCUACAUUGAGCUCUCCGGCGACUCUGUAGCCGCCGUGCUGGACGCCACCGAGCACCUGCAGCUCUCCGCGCUGCGCCACCACUGUCUGCAAUACCUCGGGGACGCCGCCGCCGCCGACACCGCCACCGCAGUGACCGUGUGGCGGCUGGCGCGUCUCCAUCGGGCCGCCGACCUGGAGCGGCGCGCGCUGAGGCUCAUCUGUGACUGUUUCUCGGUGGCGGCGAGGGACCCCGACUUCCUGGUGCUCUCUGAGCGGGAGAUGGCGGACCUGCUGACCGCCAGCUAUGUAAACGCCAAAGAAGAUCAGAUUCUAUAUGCGCUAUGUCGCUGGACGGAGGCGGACGCCGCCGGCCGGCAGCCCGCCUUCCGCCGGCUGCUGCGGUGCCUCAGUGUCACACAGCUGGAUCCCUUCAAACUGAGGACGGCUACCGAGAUACACGAAUGCCUCCAGGACCCAGAGGUUCGCAGCUUCCUCGAGUCGCGCCAGCCGGAGCCGCCCAGUGUACGGGACGACUCUCCCACGGAGGGAGGGGGCGACGUUCUACCCACGGCACCCGUACAACGGUGUACCGACAGUCUUGAGGUGGUGCUGGCUAUCGGCGGCGCCACGUGCGCCGGGUUCUCGUCGGGUGUCGAGUGUCUGGCGCGCGGCUACGACUCGUGGAAGUACUCCGUGCCGCGGGCGGUGAGCGCUGUCUCCGGAGAUGUGAUCGACACAGAGCCCAUGGCUCGGCUCGAGGAGAUGCGCUCGUUCGCCGCCGCCGCCGCCGAUGAUGAUUCCAUCUACGUGAUCGGCGGUCUCCGUGACCUGACCUCGCUCACCUCCUGUGAGCGAUACUCGGUCCGUGACAACCAGUUCUCGCGUCUGCCGGACCUGCCGGGCCGUCUGCACGGCGCCGCCGCCUGCGUGGCAGGCGGUCAGCUCCUGCUCCUCGGCGGCAGCCUGGACGGCACGGUCACCUCGCGCGUCUGGACCUACUGCUCUGAGCAGCGCGCCUGGCGAGAGCGUGCCUCCAUGCCAGUAGCUCGCAGCCACCACUGCGCGGCUGUGCUGAGAGGUCAUGUGUACGCCGUCGGAGGGAUUGACGCGGGCGGCGCGUACCUAAGCGCCGUCUGUCGGUAUGAUCCGGAUAAUGACCGUUGGACGGUGGCCCCGCCGUGCGGGUCGCCACGCGCGUACGCGGCCUGCGCUGUGGUCGGUGAUCAGCUGUACCUAAUCGGAGGCCACAGCGGCCGGCAGUGGCUGAAGACGGUCAGAAGGUUCAGUCCGCUGGAGAACCAAUGGCACGGGCUCGGCGCCAUGCCGGAGACCCUGGGCCAGCUGGCGGCCACCGUGUGCGACAACCGCAUCUACUGCGUGGGCGGGUUCAGCGGCUGCGACUACCGGCGCACCGUGCACAAGUACAACCCGCGCACGGACCGCUGGCACUCGGAGCUGAGCCUGCACAUCGCGCGCUGGGCACUGGCCGCCGCCACCGUCCGCGUGCCCGUCACCCGCGGCAGCGACGUCUGACGUCACACGCCGAGGGAGAGGUGACGUCACACACCGAUUGAAAGGUGAUGUGGGUGGGGAUCAUGACCAACGGGUGCUGGGAGACAGAUGUUUCUAAGGAGAGAGUUUUGGGUGGCUUUCACCCCAGUAUGUGAGAUGGGGCCUUUUUUAUUGAUAACCCUUCCCCAGGCCGUUUGUAGCUUAAAAGUCUUUUUUUCCUUAAAAUGGGAUAACACCAUGGAUCAUAGACUUCUAUAGUUUUUUUUCCUCCUCCGUCAUGUGUCAUGCGCUUUUCACCUCAUUCUGAUCCGGCUCCGCCUUCCUCGCUCUGUGAAGCCGGUCUGAAGAAAUAAGCACCAAUACGGGCAGUUAUUAAAAAGGAAAGAUUAAAGGAGACGAAAAAGUAUUAGUAUACUCCACGGUAUACUCACAGACGAUGAAUAUCGAAAUGUCAUGAUGGAAACGGACACAUGCAUACAAGUAUGAGAAAGUUUUCUCUCUUUCUCCUCCAUUUGUGUGCCUUGUGCUUUCGGCCUUCGGAUACCGCUCCGCUCUCUCCUCGCUCACUUUGUCCGGUCCAAAGAAGAUGUUACCAAGGAUGGCAUUUAUUAUAAAAGGAGGGAACUCAGAACACGGAUAAGUAAUAUGAAAGGGGAAGGUACGAAGAGACGAAUAAGUAUUGAAUUAAUAAACAUGGUCGAACAGUUAAAUCAGAACGGAGAGAAACACAUCUCGCUACCAUAUCCACCCACACAUGACGUACGCGCUCUCAGACAUUUAUCACCACUCACCGCUCUGCAACAUCCCUCACCUCACCUCACCUCACCUCACCUCACCUCACCUCAUCUCACCUCACCUCACCUCACCUUACCUCACACUCUCCACGACUUUCUCCUAACUGAAGUGUACGUAUGCCGUGUGCACCCGUGUCCGUCUCCCACGCACGGGGACGUUACUGAUAAUGCCUAGUGGUGUUGAUAGUGGUCGGCCGGAUGGGUUGCGCCCGCUCCUCGAUCGCCUGAGUCUCUCUUGGGCUGAGUCUCUUUCGUGCCGUAUUUGCUGAGUACAUCAUAAUAUUCCUCCUCUCCUCCGUCGACGGCAGGGUUCCCCGGAGUGGUGCCUGCGCGGCCCUCCGCCUUCGUGCCGGAGGUCCUCUGUGUGGAUUUCCCAUGAGUCUGUGUAGCGGGGCUCGGCUGCAAGAUAUUUUAUUUGUUGAGAUUUGCGAGGCUGGUCAGUCACUGGGGCACAUAGGCUGCUACACUGUACGGUGAUGGGUCAUUGGGUUAUGGGCAUUCAAAGAGGAUAAUUUACUCAGGUUGACUGCCCGAGGCUCUCUCUCAACUCGGUUGGGACCCCCAUUAAACAUAUUUUAACCCUCGCCCAUGUAGGGGGGGGGGGUUGGUGCAACCCCCCCCCCCCCUGAGGUUUUUCGGAAAUAGUGCAAAAACGGCGGCGCGCAGCGCCGCCAAAUUUUGGGUACCUUAUGGGGCAAACCUUGCGCAUCUUUUGAUAAAAAAAAAAA